AUGUCGCCCCCAGUUGCUGCCGGUCGUGAAAAGGAGUCUAACCUGGCGAGGUUGCUCGGUUCCGGGUCUGCAGGAAUUUCAGAGCUCAUGCUUUUUCAUCCCGUUGACACCAUCGCCAAGCGCUUGAUGAGCAACGAGACGAGGGUCCAAAACAUCACUCAGCUCAACUCCGUCAUAUUCAAGGAGAAGGCAACAGCGCCGGUCUCCAAGAAGUUCUUCUCCUUGUUCCCCGGUCUUGGAUACGCUGCUGGAUACAAGGUCCUUCAGAGGAUAUACAAGUAUGGUGGACAGCCGAUCGCCCGCGAUGCCCUGACGGCCAACUUCGGAAAGGACUUUGAGAAUGCGUUUGGCAAGAAGACUGGCAAGGCCAUACUUCACUCGACGGCCGGCAGUCUCAUCGGCAUCGGAGAGAUCGUCCUGCUUCCGCUCGACGUGCUGAAGAUCAAGAGGCAGACAAACCCUGAGGCUUUCCGCGGUCGAGGUGUGCUUGCCAUCAUCAAGGACGAGGGCUUCGGGCUUUACAGGGGUUGGGGUUGGACUGCGGCCAGGAACGCACCUGGUUCAUUCGCGCUCUUCGGUGGUUCUGCAUUUGCAAAGGAGUUCCUCUUCAAGCUUGAGGACUACAACAAGGCGACGUGGUUCCAAAAUUUCGUUGCAUCCAUCGCUGGAUCAUCGGCCUCGCUGGUAGUGUCGGCGCCGCUCGAUGUUAUUAAGACGAGAAUCCAGAACAGGAACUUCGAGAACCCCGAGAGCGGUUUCCGCAUCCUGUCCAACAUGGCCAGGAAGGAGGGCUUCUCUAGCUUCUUCAAGGGCCUUGUUCCCAAGCUCCUCAUGACUGGCCCCAAGUUGACAUUCUCAUUCUGGCUGGCACAAACUCUUAUCCCAGCCUUCGAUAAGAUUCUUGCCCGCAGCUGA